AAAUCCUGCACCGCAUUUGGCGCCUAAGCUAACAACUUCAGCACCCCACUCGAAAAAGAUGACGUCUGCACCGGCCAUGGCCACCACGGCGCUCUCCGACCCGGAGGCGCUGUCCGGCGACGGAGGCACCAAGCAACCGCUCUCCCUGCUUGAACGGGCACGCGACAACCUGUCCUUCCGGUCGGCGUGGUCCGAGCUGAACGGCGCCAUGGGCGACCUGGGCACCUACAUCCCCAUCGUGCUCUCGUUGGCGCUCUCCCGCCACCUCGACCUCGGCACCACCCUCAUCUUCACCGGCAUCUACAACGCCGUCACGGGCCUCGUCUACGGCGUGCCCAUGCCGGUCCAGCCCAUGAAGGCCAUCGCCGCCACCGCCCUCUCCGACCCCUCAUUCGACAUCCCGGAGAUCAUGGCCGCCGGCAUCCUCACCGCGGCCUUCGUCCUCCUCCUCGGUGUCACCCGCCUCAUGAAGCUCGUCUACUGGCUCGUCCCACUCCCCGUCGUCCGCGGCAUCCAGCUCGCGCAGGGCCUCAACUUCGCCAUGGCCGCCGUCAAGUACAUACGGUACGAGCAGGACCUUGGCAAGGGCAAGUCUGCGGUGGGGAAGCUCCGCCCAUGGGCCGGGCUCGACGGCCUCGUGCUCGCUAUCGCCGCCGUAUGCUUCAUCGUCCUCGUCAACGGCGCCGGCCAAGACCACGUCCAAGGAGCCCAAGAAGAUGAAGAUGGAGAAGGAAACAACAGCCGUUCUUCCGGAGGCUGGCGUAGCUGGAGGCGGCGCUGGGCGUCGGCGAUCCCGUCGGCGGUGAUCGUGUUCGUGCUGGGCGUGGUGUUCUCCAUCAUCCGGCAUCCGGCGGCGCUGAGGGAGCUGCGCGCGGGGCCGUCGAGGAUGCGGGUGGUGCACAUAUCGAGGGAGGCGUGGAAGCAGGGGUUCAUCAAGGGCGCGGUGCCGCAGAUCCCGCUGUCGGUGCUCAACUCGGUGGUGGCGGUGUGCAAGCUCACGCGCGACCUGUUCCCGGAGAAGGAGGCGUCGGCGACGUCGGUGUCGGUGACCAUGGGCGCCAUGAAUCUGGUGGGCUGCUGGUUCGGCGCCAUGCCGUGCUGCCACGGCGCGGGCGGGCUGGCGGGGCAGUACAAGUUCGGCGGCCGCAGCGGCGCGUGCGCGGCGGCGCUGGGCGGGCUCAAGCUGGCGCUGGGGCUACUCCUCGGCGGCUCGGUGCUGCGCGUGCUCGCCAGCUUCCCCGUGGGGCUGCUCGGCGUGCUGCUGCUCUUCGCCGGCGUGGAGCUGGCCAUCGCCGCCAGGGACAUGUCGUCCAAGGCGGAGGCCUUCGUCAUGCUGGUCUGCACCGCCGUGUCGCUCGUCGGCUCCAGCGCCGCGCUGGGCUUCCUGUGCGGCAUGGUGGCGCACGGCCUGCUGCUGCUCAGGGCUUGGACAGUUUCUUCCAUGUAAAAAAGCAAGCAAACUUUACACAAAUGUAUCCGAUCAAAUACACCAAAUUGAUCGUGUGUUCAAAUACUACAGUUCGUCUCUAAUGCUCUUCAGAAA